AUGGCACCCAAUAUGGCUUUCGCCUCUCAUCUCAAAUGGAUGAGGCAGAAGUAUAUUUUGAGGCAGGAUAUGUUUUUGAUAGGAGAUCCUGGCUCGAUUCGCCGACGAUUGGCAUACCAAUUCUGCCGGGUGGAAGGACUACAACCAGAGCUUCUGACUAUAACUCGGGACACAGUUGAGGCAGAUCUCCGCCAACGACGGGAGAUUGGGAAAAAUGGGGAGACUAUCUAUGUCGACUCGGCAGUCGUUCGGGCGGCCAUAAUGGGACGAGUACUCAUCCUUGAUGGGAUUGAGAAGGCGGAACGCAAUGUGUUGCCAACAAUCAACAACCUCCUCGAGAAUCGUGAAAUGGUGCUGGACGAUGGCAGAUGUCUGCUCAGCCACGUCAAGUAUGAUAAGUUGACGGAGGACUUGGGCGAGGCGGAGGUUACCGCGCGUAACCUUCUGAGAGUGUCACCUCGCUUUAUCGUCGUAGCCCUCGGCCUCCCUGUCCCGCCCUGUGUUGGCCAUACGCUUGAUCCGCCUUUGAGGAGCCGGUUUCAAGGCCGAGUUAUUGCCGGGCUCUCAGCGGAACCCCAGGCAACGCCAUCCUUGAGAGAUUUUGUGGAUGCAGUCGUGCAGUCGCCGGAGCUACCAUUGUUGCCAGGCUACGCUAUGAGCGGCCUGCAAAAGGCCUUUACCGUGACGGGAGAUACAUAUGAGGCUAUCGCGAGGGUAUACCCUUGGAAGCUGUUCCCAGCAGAAAUUCGUCGAGGUGUCAACUCGAUAUUAGCGAGCCUUGGAAUAUCGCAGAAGAAUCAGGAGUUAGGAGGAGCUGGUAGCCAUAUAAGUCAGGGGACGGGAUUUGUCACUACCCCCAGUGUGAGGAAGACCAUCGAAGAUAUCGGAAAGGACUGGCGGGCCGGUCUCGACAUCUGUUUGGUGGGACCUGCCGGUUGCGGAAAGACUCAGACUAUGCUGCACUUCAUUCGAAGCUUGAAACCCUCACGAGACAUUGAAACUAUGUUUCUGUACCGGGACAUGUCGGCCCGAGAUCUUCUACAACGGCGAGUUACUGACGUGGCCACAGGAGCAACAAUUUGGCUGCCCAGUAGUGCAGUCAGAGCAGCUGUAGAGGGGAAAGUGCUCGUGCUGGACGGGCUGGACCGUGUGCCGACAGAUGUGUUAUGUGCCUUGGCGCCCUUGAUAUCUGAUCGACAGUGUCCAUUGCAAAGCUCAGACCCAAGCGGAUCAGGACUCAUCCUUACCGACGCAGAGAACGCUUCCGUUUCCGGAUCUGAGACCGCUGGUCCACGAGUGAUCCAAGUUCAUCCCAACUUUCGGGUGGUAGCUCUCGCAGCUCCCCCGACUCAAGGGAAUGCGUGGCUCUCUCCUGAGGUGAUGAGUCUAUUCUCAUUCCACAUCCUAGGCGAAGCAUCUAUUGCGGAGAUCAUUUCAGCCAAAUACAGCGGGAGCGGUGAGUUGGCCUUAAAUGUGUGUGAUCUGGUCCAUGCGUUCUUCGAGACCAUCGAGGCUCCAUUCGUACCUGAGCUGCUAUCUCUGAAGCAGACACUGGACGGAUGCCAAGGCAUCCCUCCACUGACCCUUAGGAGGAUGCUUCGGAUUGCCAAAAUGUUCCUCCACGGAGAGCGAAGCCUACUCAUCGUGGGACCCCAGGGAGUGGGGAAGAAUAUGGUUAUCGACUACUAUAUGGAAAUGCUUCGUGUGGAGCGGUACUAUAUGCAGCUCCAUCGUGAUAGCACUGUUGGUUCCCUGACCAGCACUCCAGCACUACACGAGGGCGCUAUCGUUUGGAAGGAGUCCCCAUUGGUAACGGCUGCCGUUGAGGGUCGAUGGAUUGUGUUGGACGAGGCAGACAAAGCGCCCCUAGAGGUUGUUGUUCUCUUCAAGUCGCUGAUCGAAGACGGCUACCUGAACUUACCCGAUGGGCGCUGUCUCGGUGGGAGCAGUGGCACUCCUAUUCAUCCCAACUUCAGAUGCAUAGUGUUAUGCAACCGUCCCGGAUUUCCCUUCCUCGGUAACGACUUCUUCCGAGAGUGCGGCGAUAUUUUCUCUGUGUUUCUUAUGGAGAAUCCAGACCACAACUCAGAGCUCAUGCUCGUACACUCAGUGGCACCAGAAGUUCCUAUUGGGGUUCUAUCCCGUCUGGUAUCGGUCUUCGGCGAACUGCGAAGGUUGACAACUGACGGUAUACUAUCGUAUCCGUUCUCGACGAGGGAGCUAUUAGCCAGCGCCCGGCAUAUGAACCGUUUUGGGAGGUCGGAUGAAGCUCUGCAAGGUGUUCUAGCAUUCGAAAGAUGGGAUAGAAUGGCGCUAGCCAACAUCAGGAAAGUCCUGGAGCGCCACGGCUUCUCCUCUAAGGCUAUACUCGAUGGAGUUAGUGAUUCGGCGGCGGUGCUGUUACAGGAACCUCAUUUACUACCCAAGCUACGAAAGAUAGGAUCGCUACAGAAGAGCAGCCUCCAGCCGACAACUCCACCUGGUCCGUGGACAAAAGUGGAGAGUCGGACAUUCGUUAUGGAGCCGUCCCUUGAAUGUCCGCUCAAGUCCCUCGAGCUUCCACGAUCUGUUGGAACCUUCACGGAAAGAGCGGCAUCUUUCAAGCUACCUCUGUCCAAGUACACUCGAGCAGACGAUAUGGUGGACAUCGUUGAGAGUCAGGGGUACAUUCACGUUUUGUCGGACUCGGUGGCCGACGGAAUGCGCCUCUACAGCGUUGACACCGACAAGUGGGAAUGCACACAGCGAUCUCUAGGGAUCAGUGCUGCGAGAUGGAUGCACACCGAUGCGCCCAGUGCAGAGGUUAUCGUUAAUGGUCGGAGGCCGAGAUCCAGAACCAAGCCCCAGUUGAUGGUGGUGGAUCAAAAAGUUCUUGUAUGGAACCCGGCAGCAGGGAUUCUGGUGGCAAUGCCUGAGCACAACAGGAACCGCGGUGUGGUCCAUCGCCUGUUCGUAUCGAAACCAGACUCCUUCAUCGCCGUGGCCGCCGGAGAUGGUCGGUCCCUCAAGCUCAUCGGAACGAGAGAAAUGUACGAAGUUGACAUAUCCCAAGAUUCCGCCCGCCUAAGACUCCUGCUGAGAUCCCCGGAGACCCUAGCCCACAUCACGAACAUUGCCUCUGGAGGUUCUGCGAUAGUGGUCACCGCACAGAAUGGUCGGGGCAUGCAGAUUGAUGCUCGGGGUGCAUCAAGGCUAGCUUUUCCAGUGGCACCGGUGGUCUAUGACUUCGCAAACAGUGUGUAUCAAAGUGCUGAUCCGACCGGGGCCUUCUUCUACCGUGUAGAAGUCGACGGCAGCAUAUGGGAGUGUCCCGGAGAGGCCUCGCGAGCUGGUUUUACCCUGUCUUCUGUCGUGGGGCGCAGUGGUACGAUAUUGAACUGCAGAGUCGGAGAGCUGGAGAUCGUCGAUACGGUUCAGCCGGCAUCGGUCCGUCAUUUGCCUUUGCGGGAAUGCGCUGUGCAGUGCAUAACAGAGAUGAAGGAGGGGCGACAGCUAGCGAUACUUUAUACUGAUGGGUGGAUUGAUGUUAUCGAGAUCCUGCGAGAGCAACUAGCGGUGGCUGAGAAAGAGUACCGCCAGCUGAGGAGCCUCCCCACCAGAGAGGAUCACAGGACUGCCAGUGGGCAGCCGAAGCACGGCAAGGAAGAUGACGCUCCUCAUGUCGGGGGCAAUACCUUCGCUGGCGGUACGGGAGGGGCGGAUACUGCAGGUCUCGGGGGCGUUGGAGGGCCGUACCGGCUUGACAAGGGCCAUCCCGUCCAUCAGGUUAGCGAUGAAGUGAAGGCGUCAAUAUCCCCUGAAGCGGCCGAAGCUGCGCGAAAGAUGGGACAGGAAGCUCUACGCAAGAGGUUGGAGGAGAUCAGAAUGUCCGAGGCUGAUUGGCAACGAUAUAGAGAGAUCGUGGAUGGUGUAGCCGAUGAGAUUGCCCAACUUCGACGUGUGCUGCACACCGCAGACAGCAGGUUGAGGGAGAGGAAAUGGCUGGCGGGCACCGAAGGAGAGCUUGACGAGAAUAAGUUGGUGGAUGCCCUUGCCGGCGAUAAGCGAGUGUACCGGCGUAGAGCCUUACAAGAACCCAAAGUCGGCGAGCCUCAAGUCCUGCCCAAACAUUUGUCGAUAGUUCUCGACAUCAGUGCGAGCAUGUAUCGGUUCAAUGGAGUUGACGGUCGGCUGAAGCGCAUGACGGAGGUCGCCGUGUUACUGAUGGAAGCCCUGCAUGGUUUCGAGGAUCGCUUUGUCUACGAGAUUCGGGGACACAGUGGUGAUGGUCCAGCGAUAGGGCUAGUUGACUUUGGGAACCCUCCGAGGGAUGAAAAGGAAAAAUAUAGAAUCGUCCAAGAAAUAUGUGCGCACGCCCAAUACUGCAGUGCGGGUGAUUCCACCUUGGAUGCACUCCGCAUCGCCACCGAUAGGCUUCUGAGCACUGGCCCAGCUGAUGAGAAGUUGGUCAUGGCUUUCAGCGAUGCCAACUUAGAUAGAUACGGCAUUCAUCCGAAGCAACUCGAUGCGGUACUGAAUAGAGCAGCAGACCAGGUUUAUGCUCACGUUUUUUUCAUAGCUUCCUUCGACGAUCAGGCCGAAGUUUUAUGCCGGUCGAUCCCCAAAGGGAAAGCUACGGUGGCCACUAAUUUAUCCAAGUUGCCACAGCUAAUCAAAGAAGUUCUGGCGGCGACUGUUAACCAUCAGAAAUGA